UAGAAUAUGAGUAGAGAUCAGUGCACGAAAGCAGCUUCAGCGGAAUUUUUUUGUUUACAAUUUUAAUUGCGACAAUUCCUGUUGAUAUGAGAAUGACGCAUUUAACUUAUGAUAAAAUCUAAAUAGGUAUCUAAAUUCUUGAAUUCAUGGCUACAGUAAAAGCUGGAUUUCUUGAGAAAUUAAGUGGUGUGUUAAAACGUGAAUGGAAGAAACGAUAUUUUGUUUUGUAUCAAGAUGGACACCUUGUGUAUUACGAUAAACCAGGCAGCGAACACUGUAAUGGUACAUUAAACAUCAUAAAGAACUGUCAAAGAAUAGAUUAUGGAAACGAAGUUGAGUAUGACUUGCAGCAAAAGUCUCCUGGUAGAGUCCAAUGUAUGUUUUACAUUCGUUCAUCAGUAAAAAAUUUCUGUCUUCGUGCAGAAAACGAACAAGAUGCCAGAGAUUGGGUGCAAAAAUUAAACAAAAUGUGCCAAAUGACGAUAACAUAUGUUACAACAAUGAACACAUACCCAAGCAGCCAAUCCUAUGGUGUGCCACCAUAUUCAGCUCCUACAUAUUCUCCACCCAUAGCACCACCAUUUGGUGCUCAUCCUGGUGGCAUGCCACAACCAUAUCAUGUUGUAUAUCCCAGCCAACCAAACCCAUAUAGUCAGCCAAUGGCACCUCAACCACCACCAAUGUAUUAUGGUCAGUAUCCAGCUUAUCAAAGCUACCCACAACAGGUUGGUGGAUAUGGUUAUCCAAUGCAACAACAAGCAUAUCAGGGAGGUGGCCAAAGUCGCGGGGGUUUAUCAUCAAGAAGGGGGCUACUGGCUGGUGCUGCUGGUGGAGCUGUUGCAGGUGGUCUUCUUGGAUUUGGUUUGGGUCAUGCAGUUGGUGGAUUUGGAGAUAGUUUUGAUGAUUGUGAUUUUGAUUAAAAAUAAAGAAUGUGCCACAUUCAGAUUGUGAAAAAGGAACAUGUAAAACAAGUAUUGGAUAUAAUAAUAGAGUAUAGUCUUCAGUGUAAAUAUCAUGGUUGUAUUUAACUAUACCAUAAAAGUUAGUGAAUAGGAAUUGAUGUUCUCUGUAGUAAAUAUAUUGCAGCCUGUAGUCCACCUA